CCUAGAAUUGAUCAUUUAUGUUUUAUUCUUGUUAAGAAAGUUCUUACUCAGCAGGCAUAUCGAAUUCAAUUACUUCAGCAAGGUCGAUAUUCAGUGCAACGAAAUGAAAAUUAUCCAUUAAUAUUUUCAUAUGAAGGCAAAUUGGUAAACAUGUUUAACUUGGAAGAUUCGCAAAAUCGUGAAACUUUAAUUUUCCCAUUAAUUCAAGCCCAACUUAUUGAGCAUGAAGACGAUUAUAUUAUUGAAGAUAGCGAUGAUGAGCAAGAUAUGUAUGAGUCAGAAUUGGCAUAUUUGCAUAAAGUCUUAGACAAGACCAAGGAGUUUCUAGAAGAAUCCCGUACCAAGUCAAAAAGACAUUUAUGGCUAAAAAAUAUUCGUCCAAAUUUUAAAUUUCUGGAAAAAAUGAAUAAUGACAUUCUAUCACUAAAUAACCGACGAACGAUGCCAAGAACAUGGCAAGACUUUAAUAACAAUACGAUGUAUUGGGAAUGA